AUGUUGAAUAAAAAUCUAUUCUUCAUUAUUUUUAUUUUACUUUCAAUAUGUUGUAAUUUGUCUUUUACACAAUCGACAAUAAAUUUUAUAUCAACGUCCACUUUGACAACUUCGAUAACACCACUAACAACAUCAUCCUCAUCUUCCCCAUCAACUUCAACAACAAUAAUUAAUACUAAUUCCAAUACUCUUUCAAACAGUAAUAGUCAAACUGUAGCAUCAUCUACAUCGACAUCAACAUCUUCAACAACAAAUAUUCAAUUCACUACAAGUAGUAGUUCAACAACAACUUCCAAUACAAAUAGUAUAACUGGUUUAAGUAGCACAAGUUCAGGAGGUUCAUCUACAAGUACAGGUUCAACUAUUGGUUUUCCAAUUACUACGGUAACAACCACUUCCAAUUGGGAUCCGACACCAACAACAGCCAUUUGGUCCACUGGAUUACUGUCUACACUAAUCACAUUGAUUGCCAAGACAACUGAGACACCAGCACCUCCAACCAGUAGUGUAUCUAUGACACUCUCCAGUACAACAAGAGGAACAACUCCACCUACCAUCACUGCAUCUACCACCACUGUUGGAAUUAGAACAACAAUAAGCAGCAGCAGUGGUAUCAGUAGUAUGCCAACCACAACCACAACCAAUAUUAAACCAAAUAUAACUACAGCUACAGGUACAGCUACAGCAACAGCAACUACAGGUGGUAACAACACAGCUUCUUCAAAUAGCACAACACUGACGGUACCAUGGGAAGAUUCAUCUUGGUUCACCUCAAAUUCAAUCUCAAAAACAUCGAUUCAAUCUAUUAGAAUACAAAUGCUUAUAUACGUACUAUCAAACAAUAAUAAUAAAAAUAACAUAAACAAUACUUCUAAUAAUAAUAAUAGAUUAUUUGUUAACUUUAAUAAUAAUAAUAAUAAUAAUAAUAAUAUUACUAAGAAUGCAAGUUUUAUUAGUUGUAAUAAUGUAAAUAUAAAGAGUUAUUCUACAGGUAGUAGUAGUCAACAUCACCAACAUCAACACAAUGAGAAAUCUUGUUGGAAAUGUAAGAAGUCUGUGUUGGCAAGAGAAUUCUUUUGUCCAUUAUGUAACGUAGUGCAAACACCUCAACAAAGAUUCAAUGUAUUCGAAGUAUUCUCACUUGAACCAUCCUACCGUGUAGAUCAAAAGGAUUUAUCACAUAGAUUUAAACAAUUACAAAAGAAGUUACAUCCAGAUCUAUUUCAACAAUCUACAGAGACAGAACAAUCAUUAUCGAAAGAUCAAUCUACAUUGAUCAAUUCAGCAUAUAAUAUUUUGAAAUCACCAUUCUUGCGUGCAGAAUUCAUUCUGAAUGAAAAGGGUUACGAUUUGAAUGGUGUUAGCGAUGUAGAUCCAGAGGUAUUGUCAGAGAUCUUAGAGGUACGUGAGGAGAUAGAAGAGACUGACAACGAAGAUAAACUAAAGGAGAUUGCGCAUGAUAACCGUGCCAAGAUGAAUCACUGCGAAGAAGAACUGGUAAACCUAUUUCAAAAACAAAACUACAAAGAUGCACUCGGCAAAACUAUUUAUCUUAGAUAUCUAACAAGAAUACAAGAAGAGAUACAUAAAAGAUUAGGUAUUCAUAUAUAA